GUUCAGAGAGUCUGGGUUCCAGGAGACCAGAAAGACUAAGGGCUUAGGCAGCCCUGGACCACUUUAGAAAGAGUCCCAGAGAAGACUCUCUCUCUCUCUCUCUCUCUCUCUCUCUCUCUCUCUCUCUCUCUCUCUCUCUCUUUCUCUCUCUCUCUCUCUCUCGCGGAAUUCAAAGAAGAAGGUGGGAAACAAGGCUCUUGUGCACAGAUUAGGUAACUUGAAAGUAGGGUGAGGAGGACCUACUGAGAACACCCCACACACAUGGUGAGGUAGGGGUUGUGAGGGAGGGAGGACUGGACUGUUGAGGGUCUUCCAUGGUAAAGAGAUCCCAUUGGGACUUAUCUAGAUCUGGAUAUUCAGUUUGGGACAAGUGUUCAAGUGAUUGAGAAUUAGGGGAGAGAGAUGGAACUAAGCCGUGGAGGACAGUAUUGCCUAGGGCAAGUAAUGUGCAGGGACAGAAUACGGUCAGGGGACUGGGGCCCAGGAUGGGGGGGUGGAAGGGCUUAUUCCAAGGAGACCGGUGUAGGGGGUCUCAGAGGGACCAGGGUUCAGGGCAUUGGAGUAGCACACCUGGCCUUGAGGCCAGAGGGGAGCUUGGCUGUGCAGGGACAGGCCAGCCUGUUACAGGUCAGAUUCUUCAAGCCGGAUUUAUGAUGAACAGGAUUAGCACAAAUGAACCAGGCUUUGGUGGGGUCAGACUUGGGAGAAGGGAACUCUAAUCCAACAGGGCUCGGCUGGUGGGUGGGGAUUGAAGAUUGUUGGUGAAGGGCCUGGACUUGGCUCAGGAGGAAAAACCCUGGACAUUGACCUUGGGGACUUGAGAGACAGGAUUGAACAAAGAUGAAUACUUAAUUGGGAUUUGGUGUGUUGCAUCCCGUUUGGGUAGGAACUGUGAUCUGCAGUCUGGAGGCUUCAAGGGACCCAGAGACUCCAAAAGGAAGCCUGAUUAGGGAUGGAGGCUGGGUCAGCUCAGACAGGGACUUAGUAGUAAGGAAGGAGCCUAUCUGUGCAGGAUCAAGGUAGAGGUGGGUGGGAGCUUGGGAAGCAGAUAUCAGGACAGACCCCAUGAAGAAAGGGCAAGGACUAAUGGGGACCGAGGGUGGCAGAUAGGACUCAACAGGGCAAGAGGAAGAGGUUCAAGGUAAAGGGUUCUGAAGGCACAGGUCUUGGAACUAGCAAGGCUCAGUGUGAGAAGGGAUAUAGGGAGAAGGGAUCAGCCCUGGGAACAAGGUGGAGUGCUCAGCAGACAGACUUGCGCGGGACCUGAGGACCCGCGAGAGAAUGUGAGGACAGGUGGGUUGGAGUGGCGGCUCCAUGGUCAGCGGAUAUGGGAGUCAUGCAGCUCUUGGUUUACAUGGGUCCCAGCUUCGCCCAGCUAGCGACUCCCUGGGGUCCUGGCUUCCGUGCUCGCGGGCCCUCUCCCUCCCUUUGGAGGAGGCGGAGGUGUCUGCGACGCUGUGAGUCAGGCUCUGGCUGCAGCCGUGGCCGGCCUGGCGCUGCGGAGCGCGCACGGGCAGCGGGGGAGGCAGCGGCGCCAGCCCCGUUCGCUCCCCGCCCCCAAGGUUGGGCCGCUGGGAAGCGAUCAGCGGACAGACAACGGCCCGGGACGGCGGAAGGACGAGCUCUCCAAGGCGUCUGGCCCACUCACCGCCGCGUCGCCAAUAGGUGAGCGGUCCUGGUGGAUGCUGCAAUCGGGGUCAAACCAGGAGCCACCCAGCCCGGCCGUUGUUCCCUGAUAUCUCUUCACCGGUGCCAGGCCCAGGGCCCCAGCCAGUGCCCAGCCCUGCUGGGAGCCCCGGCCAGCACCACGGACGGCACCCAGGAAGCCCGAGUCCCCCUGGACGGGGCCUUCUGGAUUCCCAGGCCACCAGCAGGUUCACCCAAGGGCUGCUUCACCUGCGUGUCCAAGCCUCCUGCCCUGCAGGGUGCAGCGGGCCCAGCCCCUGAGCCCUCGGCCUCGCCCCCCAUGGCACCCACUCUGUUCCCCAUGGAAUCUAAAAGCAGCAAGACUGACAGCGUCCGGGCAUCAGGUGUCCCCCAGGCCUGCAAGCACUUAGCUGAGAAGAAGACCAUGACGAACCCUACGACAGUCAUCGAGGUCUACCCCGACACCACGGAGGUGAACGACUACUAUCUGUGGUCCAUCUUCAACUUCGUCUACCUCAACUUCUGCUGCCUGGGCUUCAUUGCUCUGGCCUACUCCCUCAAAGUUCGGGACAAGAAGCUCCUGAAUGACCUGAAUGGAGCCGUGGAAGAUGCCAAGACAGCGCGGCUGUUUAACAUCACCAGCUCUGCGCUGGCGGCCUCCUGCAUCAUCCUCAUCUUCAUUUUCCUGCGGUACCCCCUCACCGACUACUGAGCCCAGCAGGCAGUGGCCUUGGAGACACAGCACUGAGACUGAUGGUCACUGAGAUUCAGGAUGCUGAGAGUGUGGGGCAGAAUGGGCUUCUACCAAGGCCCAGAGCCAUGCAUGGCAGCAAGGCCGCCAGAAGUUGAGUGCCCAAAGGAGCAGCACACUCCUCCAAGCCACCCUAUCUGCCUCCUGCCCUGCCCUGUUGUCACUGGAUCUCUGGGCUCCCUCUGUUGCUGCCUGGUUGCCAGUGACUUCCCUCCCUGACCCAUGCACCCUACCCAAGCUCUUGCAUCCCUCAGACCUGACACCCAGCAAGAAGGGCUUAUGUGGGAGCUCCCAGAAGGGGAGCUGCCAGCACCUGGGACUCCCUCACUCCUGACCCCAACUUCCUCCAAGCUGUGAUCCCUACUCCAAGCUCUUGUAUCUGUGAACUUUCAUUAAAACGUGUGCCCAGCUCA